AUGAAUGAACCUCCUCACAUCCUCCUCAUCUUCCGCUUUUCCAGCUCCAUUCAUCUGCGUGUCACAGUCACACGCCGCUCUCCGCUGCAACCGACCGCGAUUUUCUACACCGCUCUCUUUAUUAUUGUUGUCAUUGGUAAACACCGCACAUCUGCUUACCCAUCUCGCCCUGUGAUUGGCGCAGGCGGCUGUCCAUCACGCCCCAGCUCUGUUUGGCGCCUUCUGAUUGGCCGCUGGCUCUUACUUUUCCUCUUCUUGCGGCGGUGGGCUCGGAGCCGCUGCGUCCCGGGUCUGGCACGUUCCUGGCUGAAUUCUCCUCCGUGGGUUCGGUUUCCCCUCGCACUAGAGCAGCACAGCGGUGUCGGUUCAACCCCGCUGUCCUCUGGGUGA